AGUAGUAGCACAAAAGAAUCGAAGAAUUGAACAGUAGGUAUCGAGUAUCGUGGACUGUAAAAAUUCAAAAUUUAUAGUAAACUCCCCUGUUUUAAGUUUCUAAGGACGCUAUUAAUUUCGGGUUCAUUGAAAAUCAUUUUAGUUUUAUUUAUUUGUAGCUUCCAGGUGCAAGACAUAAGGUAAUGGGAGAAGAAAAGGCUUCUAUAAAUAGUAACCAGGUCCUAUUUUUUGAUGCAGUGAGAUCGGGAAACUGCAAAAAGGUAAAAAUGAUGUUGAAAAAAAAACAGAUUGAUGUCAAUUGUUGCAAUCCCACUGAUCCAUCAGGGCCCACAGCUAUCAUAGUUUCUAGUCAAUUACAGCUGAUUGAGAUGGUCAAACUGUUAAUGAAGGCUCGGCCAAAAGGUGCUAAUGUUAAUUUGGAGGCAAAUGAUGGUCGAAGAGCCAUCUGGUGGGCAGCAAAAACUGGAAAUGUGGAGUUAACCAAAAUCUUGUUAAGUGAAAGAAACUGUGAUGUUAAUUACAUUGAUAAAGAAACUGGCUGCACACCUUUGUACAGAGCUGUCCUCUCUAACAGUGUGGGUGUAGUCAGAGAACUUAUACAAGCAGGGGCUGAUGUCAACACUAGAAGACUCCAGCUAGACAAAACUGCUGAGACACCACUGAUGAAGGCUAUACAGCUGGAUAAUAUAGAAAUGUGUCAACUUUUGAUAAACAGCAUGUGUAAAAUACAAUCCAAAACAGGAGAUGGCUUCACAGCGCUGCACUUUGCUGUUGUGUAUAGACGAUACGACAUUUGUGAACUUUUGCUACAAAAUUUGAUCAAAGUGAAUGCUAAAACUAAGCAUGGAGUUACUGCUAUGACUGUGGCCAUUGAGCAACAUAAUGCCGUUAUGGUCAGGCUGCUCAUACAGUUUGGAUACAGACUGGACAAAAAGUACAGCUGGGGUGAGACGCCAUUGGAACAAGCUAUCAAAUUGCACAGCAGCCAGUCAGCUUUGACUUUAAUCCAGUGGGGCUGUAACCUCAAACGCAGGUGCUCCUCAUACUUCCACUUAUCUGUCUGUGAGAAACUCUGGGACGUGGCUAAAAUUCUCUUCCACAUAAACCCAGUCUAUUUACAUGAAAAAUGGCUUCGCGAAGAGAAAUGGCCAGUGUCCUGUUACAAUGAAGAAGCUGUUAAGCAGCAGCUCCUGGGGUUGACAAAAAAAGUCUGGAGCCUCAGGGAACAAUGCAGGGCUAAGAUUUUCAAACUUGUGGGAAAAUACGCCCCUGCUAAAAUUGACAAACUCCCAGUGUCGAAGAUUAUCAAGGAUUAUUUAAAGUUUAGUGAAUUCAUCAAAGAUUCUUUUUAUGAGAAAAAACCAUUAGACGAACUAGAGUGUCCUUAUGAAUGUCCGAUAGCUUGUACCAAAUGGAAUUGUUAUGCAUUGGAUAUUUCCAUUUCGUCGGAUUCUGAUCAAGAAUUUUUUGUUUGAUGAAAAUUUAAAGCAAAUAAUAUAUUUAAUGUAAUAUC